UAUGGACUCAAUUGAUUCUCUUCUUUCAUUAAAGACUUAUGACGGUAGUAAUUUAUUACAACCAGUAGCCGAUUCACUGGGAUUGGGCAUUGAUAAAAUGAAUUACGUUGCUUGUCAAAUAUGUGCCGUUGGGGUAGCAAUCUUCUAUCGAAAGCUUUUACAUCCAAAAAAAUCUAGCUACAGGAAAAGACAUACUUUGCAGAUCAUGCUAGUAAGUUAUGGUAUCAUGAAGUAUACAAGGGAGGGAAUUUCAGAGAAAUUAGUAUUUAUAUGGUGUAUGGGGCAUCUAUCCCUUUGUCACGUAUAUAGGCAAAAAUUUAAUUAUGGGAACUACUGUAUGGAUAUAUCUGGCCCGUUAAUGAUUUGCGUUCAAAAACUAACAAGUUUAAGCUAUGGUUUAUCUGAUGCUGAAACUGCAAAUAUUGCUGCCGGUCUAGGAUUUGUAGGUUAUAAUAAUAAUGGUCAAGAAGAUUGGAGUGGUAUUGAUAAUAUGCCUAUUUUAAAACCAGCAUUUACGGCAUAUCGGAGAUAUUUCUCAGAUAUGCCGAAUCCAAAGUGUUUUUUCGAUAUCAGUAUUGGUGGUAACAAUGCUGGACGAGUCGUUAUGGAGUUACGUGCCGAUGUUGUGCCUAAAACAUCUGAAAAUUUUAGAGCAUUAUGCACAGGAGAACAUGGAUUCGGUUAUAAAGGAAGCUCUUUUCAUCGUGUAAUCCCUCAAUUUAUGUGCCAGGGUGGCGACUUUACCAACCACAAUGGCACUGGAGGAAAAUCGAUUUAUGGAACAAAGUUCGAUGACGAGAAUUUUAAGCUAAAGCACGAUAAAAGUGGUAUUUUAUCCAUGGCCAAUUCCGGACCAAAUACAAAUGGUUCACAAUUUUUCAUCUGUACGACUAAAACUGGUUGGUUGGACGGUAAACAUGUUGUUUUUGGUGAAGUUGUUGAGGGUAUAAACGUUAUUAAAGCUGUUGAGCAAGUUGGUUCACAAUCUGGUGUUACUUCAAAGAAAGUUGUCAUUGAAAAUUGCGGUGAAUUAGAAUAG